AUGCCGGCAAAGGGAACGAAGAAGAAGCGUGGGGCAGGCAAUGCGGUGUGGGCUUUGGCAGCCGUCACCACGCUCGCUGCGACUGCGGCCGUGGCUUCUGUUCGACUGCAGUUGUACUCGGCAACCGCGGCCGAUGAGACAUCGCAGCCGAUCCGGCCCAGGAGACGGAACAAGGGGCAGGACAAGGGGACGACCAUCAGUCCAUCCAAGGAGGUGCCGCAACGGCAGCCUGAUGCCGUCCAGGCCCAGGCCGACGAUGAGCCCCACAUCCAGGUGCAGGCGAAGCGCGAGAUAGGCAAGGGUGAGGAUUCCGCUGACGAGGCGACGACCCUACCGUCCAGCAGCCCCGAGCUUGAGCUUGAGUCAUCGCCGCAGGCAGAGCCCACUUGGAUCUACUGCUGUGGGCAGUGGCAGGAGUGCCUUUGUGGAGGCCGUGUCAAGUGGGGCAACGAAGGUAAGUGGCAGCUGAUCGAGAUGCCCGAGGGUCAAAGUAUCCAGAAGGUGACGUGCAGCAUUGACAAGCUCGGAGACCUGAUUCCAGGGGAUGGCGGGAAGCAUUGCCAAUGCGAAGUUACCCCAGGUACAUCCUUCUACCGGCGCCUGAACCCGCUACUCAUGCCAGAACAUCUGGCCGAGUCCACUGGCUCCAGGCUGAUCGGCUCCUGCGAGAUCUUCGAGAAGGGCAAGUCUGUAGGGCCCCAUGGGCUGGCUCAGUGGCAGGCGACGGAAGCGUUUUGUUCUCCCCAGUGGCAUGAAAGAGCGCGUGUCGACCCGAAACUGCAAGCCGGGAACAAGCAGGUGGAGUUGAGUAAUUUGCAGGGGCUGAUGAGGGUCCGCAUUGAUCACCGAUUCCUCAAGAACUACGAGCGGCUUGCCGAUAAAGACGGCUGGAUUGAGAGAGCAUUUGUCAACUACUAUGCAGGUGCACCAGACGGCAAGCACACAAAGAUGAGCGAAGAAUUGGUGCGGUCCGUGCACCUCUUCUCCAACGAGCCGAUCAUCGUCUUCCACCUCGGCAGCCUCACUCCGGACGAUUGGACUGCCAGCCGCUUUCCACGACUGUUGCUGAUGCACGUAUCGCCUUUGGGUCCAGCUGUGCCUCGGAGCUUCAACUUCAACAAGAUCCGCUCCUUUCUCUUGGCACGGGUGCGGGUCGGCGUAGAGCUGGACUCGGAUCAGUUUGUGGCUCCAGGCGUGGACUACAUGUUCAACAUGACCCAGAAGGAGAUCACCAAGGACUACCCGAUUCCCAUCUUGCCAGUGCAUUACUUCAGUUUCACGCAAAAAGAUGCACCUUCCAACAUUUGGUGGCGCCGUUUCUGCACAGAUCCACCGCACUGCGAGCGGCACUCCAUGCGCUGGAGUCAUGCUCAUCCGACCUGGACGUUCUGGGCCCUUCCGUGGAUAGGCACUUGGCUCCGAAGGAUUCUGCGUGAUGAGACGCUGCCGGAGGCGCCACACAUGGGCGCACUUCGGGUUGCUGAUAUUCCGGAGGACGAAGACAUGCUGAACGUGGCUGCUUGGGAGGACAAGGUCACGAAGCAGUGGUGUAAGUUCGACAACGACCGGACCGAGUUCGAGGAGAUGAUUCGUUGGAGCCCGGGAAAUGCCAAUAAGUGUCCCUCCGGCACUGGCUGUUCCAACAUCAUGGCUGAUAUGCGCUUCUACCCCAAAGGGGCGGCCAAGGCGCAUUUCACGGCGCACAACGCCAAAGACCCGGUGGAGACCAAGAGGUGGAUCGACCGAAUCAAUGAGCGGUACCAGAAAGGCUUAUACCCCACCAAGAUCAUCAUCUACCAGGGCAAGCUCUUCGCCACCGGUGAGGAGCUUCGAGCGAAGUAUCCCGAGCUUCCGUGCAGAGGCGGCAAACAGUACGGGUCCUGUUGCAAUGGGAGAGUCCCUAAGUUAUGCUCAGCAGAGGAACUUGGAGGGGUUGGGGCCUUGGACGACUGCCCAGAUUGCCACAGCCCAAAGCGGCUCCAAUCGAUGGCGAAAAUGGUGCGCGUUGCAACCAUCGCCUCUGAAGAUUCGGCUUCAGUGGCGUCCUUGCGCCAGGAGACGCCUCGCAGAGAGCGAGAGUCCUGGUGGAAAGCUGCGUCUGUCAGCGAGCUGAAAGAUCAUGGCGACAGUUCGCCGCUGCGUUCGCCCCAAGCGCGCCGGGAGGUGAAACAGGCCAGCUAG